AUGGAGCAGGAAUAUCAGAACCUAAGGAAGAAGGCUCCACAGGCCAGCAGCUCUGCUACCUCUAGUGCUGCCCCUGCUGUGGUCAUACCUGAGAAGAGAUGCAAGAGAAAGAGGGCCCAGAAGGAAGACAACUCUGUGGACGUCAAGGCAGCUUCCCAGGAGAGCAGUCUUCCUGCCUCCAGCACAACCACUGAAGCUGCUUCAGAGCUGCAGUUCUGCAGGAGGACACGCAAAAGGAGCAUAUGGACUGUGGAUCACAUUGAAGGGAUGAAACUUAGAAUCAGCAAGAAGAAAAGACCCAGUUGCCAUCCUCAGGAGCAAGAAGCCUUCUACCAACUUCUGGAAGACCCUGUGAUCAAGAGCUUCUUGGCAGCUGACCUCUUCUUCAGUGUGACUGACAAGUAUCUUCUGUCCAUGGUGGUGGAGUACUUCGGCCGAGUAAUGAUGCCUGGACACCUCUACAACAGGAUCCUCUUCUUCCUGGCCCUCUACAUCGCAUGUGACAUGGAAGAGGAUGACCCCAUAUCCAAAAGAAGCAUCUUCCCAUUCUUGCUGGGCAUGGACACCUGGAAAAACUUGUACAAGGACUUCCUGAAGCUGCAGCAGGAAUUCUUACAAGCCAUUGAUUACAGAGUCUGGGUCACAAAAGAGGUGUGUGAGGAGAUCCAGAACCAGAGCCCACACCACUGGGUGUGGAGCCGGGUGCACCAGAGCACCCGGUUUUAG